AUGACGGAUGUACACCCUCCCGACACGACGAUGUCUUCUCAACCAUCUCAACCGGCGAUGAAGGACAAGUUAUUUGUAGGGCUAUGCGCUCACACGUUUUCACGGUGUUCUAUCAUCUGUUUACAGAAUCUAGUCGUCAGCAACGUCGUCUCGAAUGCGGUCAACGUCGGCAACAGACUGAACCUCUUCAAAGUGCUGGCUCGAAUUUCGAGCAACGACACACCAGUUCUACCGGAAGAACUUGCACGGGCGGCCAAUUGCAAGGAGAGAUACGUUCGCGAGUGGUGUAAUUGUUUGGCUUGUGCCGGAAUCAUCGAGGUGAACAGUGAGGAGAAGUUCUGGAUAGCCGAGCAGAAUGUGGAGGUGAGAAAAGAAGGGACGCACGGUCUCCAGAGCUGACAAAGGGCGCAAGUGCGCCCCGCCCAAUAGAGCGAUACACUGGCGCGAAAUUUGUGUUUUUUUGCCAGAUUAGCCACGAUAAACCGAUAAUUUCUCAUUUGUCUCUCGAUAGACCGAUUGUAUAGGCUAUUACGAAUUUUUUAAGCGCAAGAGCGUUAAAUUUGGUCAAGUCGCAAAUUAAAUUUAUCCGUUUGAAUUUUUUUGGCUAAAACUGCGUGAAUUUCAGUUGCUUUUCGGUAAUUUUCGCGGUUCGAGCGCUCAAAAUGCUUGUAUUUACGUGAUUUAUCAUUCUCAAAACCAAUUCUGUCGGAAAACGGUCAAGAAAGAGCAAAAUGAGAAGUGCGGUUUUUAGGCGGCGAUCGGCGGCGAAGGCGAAAAAGCGAAAUUCGCGAAAAAUGCGCCAAAACGUCAUUAAUUCUGAGAAUUAGUGUGUUUUCAUGCCGAACAAUCGUUUUUCGUCGCCUUUGACGACAAAAAUCAGAGAAAACGUGCUCAAUUCAUGAAAACGCCAUUUGGCCGAGGCCACGCCCAUAUUGUCAGCUCUGGAGACCGUGGGACGCGUGAAAUGGAACAUAACAAACAUUCAGGACCUGACAAACGACGGUUUUGCCCUUGUGGGCAACGGAAUGAUGGCCACUCUUCUGGAGCCUGUCGAUCAGCUCAUCGAGUGCUUCAAAAAAGACGGUCCGUACGGUCUCGACUACUCUCAAUUCCAUAAUUUCCAAUCGUUCAUGGGCAGUAUGAGCAAAUCGCUGCACGAGAAGCACAUAGUUGCCGACAUGCUUCCGGCGAUCGGCCACGGAGUUGUGGAGAAGCUCGAGGCGGGUGGCAUUCGGGUGCUCGAUGUGGGGUGUGGCGGCGGAUUUCACUCAUCGCUGCUGGCACAGCAAUAUCCGAAGGCUCAAUUUGUUGGAUUGGACAUCGGAGAGGAUGCCAUUAAACAAGCGAAGGAGCGGAGGUGAGCAGGCGUUAGAGCGAGUCCAGCAGUGCGGAUUUAAGCUUCGAAAGCACUAAAAGCACAAAUUUAAUAUUUCGUCGUUUCAGAACAACGUCUGGAGAACCGUUCGAAAACUUGCAAUUCGUGCAAUGCGACGCCGGAAAGAUGCCGAACGACUGGACGUCUUCGUUCGACCUCGUGCUCAUCUUCGACGCGUGCCACGAUCAAUGCCGUCCCGAUUUGUGCGUUCAGCAAAUCAACCGAGUGCUGAAGCCGCGCGGAGUGUUCGCGAUGGUCGAAGUGCUCGGAUCGAGCAACGUGUUCACGGACCGGGAGACGCUCGGACCGAAGGCGGCGAUGAUGUACGGAUGCUCGAUGUUCCACUGCCUUCCGGUCGGCAGCAACUGCAAAGACGCGCUGGGAUACGGAGCCAUGUGGGGACGGCGACGGGCGAUCGAUCUUCUGAACGCGUGCGGAUUCCCCGAUGUGAGCGUGAUUGAGACGCCCUACUUUCCGAUAAAUGUCAUGUACCUGGCAAAUAAAAAUUGA